AUGACAUUAACAUUAUCACCCUUCAAGAAAUCACAAUGGGAAUCGAUUUUUAUGGAGUUCUACAAGUGCCAAGAAACUGUACUGACUUAGACAUUAAAAAGGCUUAUAGAGAUUUAGCUCUUGAGUUUAAUCCAGAAAAACUUCAAAAAGAAAAUGCCAAACACGUGUUCGCUCUCAUAUGUGAAGCAUAUGAUGUACUAAGUGAUCCCUUACGCAGGGCUGUUUUUGAUCAAUAUGGUGAAGAAGGUUUAAAGCGAGGCGUACCAGGACCAGAUGAAUUUAUAAAACCAUAUCAUUAUCAUGGAGAUGCAAUGCGGACAUACAGAGAUUUUUUUGGAACAACAUCUCCAUAUGCCAAUUUACUGGAUUAUUUGCAAAAUCCAGCGUAUGAAUGCAUGACUAAACAUGGAAAAAUGUUUCAACAAAAGCAACCACCAAUAACGCAUCCUUUAUGUUUAACUUUACAUGAAGUUUUCUUCGGAGGCAUUAAAAAAAUGAAAAUACAUCGUCUUGUUUAUAUAAAUGAUGAAAAAACAAAAACAGAAGUCAAAGAAAAAAUUCUUACUAUACCAAUAAAACCUGGGAUAAGACCUGGCACUGAAUUAUUGUUUCCUGAAGAAGGAGAUCAAAAUCCAAACCAAACCCCUGCAGAUGUGAUUUUUGUUACUGAAGAUAGACCUGAUGAAACUUUUUCAAGGAAAGAGGACGAUCUUUUGAUGAUAUAUGAUGUAACUUUAGAAGAGGCUUUAAUGGGCACCACUGUCACGGUUAAUACUAUCGACCACAGAACAAUUAGGGUACCAAUAACUGACGUAAUCUAUCCUGGAUACGAGAAAAUUGUUGAAAAUGAAGGAAUGCCUAUUCUGGACGACUACCCGAGACGUGGCAACUUGGUAAUUAAUUUUAGUAUUUCGUUCCCUAAAUAUCUACCAAAAGCUUGUAAAGAAUUAUUUCGAAAAGGUUUUGAAUUAGCUAAAAUUGGAGGAGGGUUUAAUCAGUAUGAAACAGUAAAUAAAUUAGUAUUAGCUGACAAAAUUUUACGUGUCGACUUCAAUGAACAACUUCCUCCUACUUAA